AUGGGCCGCGCUUCCACCGACCACUCCACCUCCGGCCAGGACGCGCCGCCCCAGCGGCCGCGUCGCGGCGGCCGCCUCCGACUUCGGCGCCGCCGCCGCCGCCGCCGCUCCCCCACGCCAACCUCCGACGACCCAAGUGCAAGCUCCCAAGAACGCACCCCUUCGUUCUCCGAGGCAUCAGUGUCCGCGCCACCCUCUUACAUCCCUUCCCCGGACAUCCCUGCCGGCACCUACGUCGCCGUCGCCCCUCUCCCCGUCUUCCGCGGCGACCCUGGCGAGUGCCCCGACGCCCACCUCGCCCGCUUCGACCGCGUCUGCCGCGCCAACAACGCCACGUCCACGGCCGACGCCGCCCGUAUCUUCCCGGCCUCCCUCGACGCCGAUGCCGCGCUGUGGUACGAGCUCGCGGCCCCCGCUUCCUCGCCUCCGCCGUGGCACGCCGUCCGCGCGGCCUUCGUCGACUUCUUCCGCCCUCCAGGCGCCGCCAACCGCGCGCGCGCCGAACUCAUGGCGCUGAGGCAGCGCCCCGGCGAGGCUGUCAACAGGUACCACCUCCGCAUGCAGGGGAUCCUCCGGCGGUUCCCGGACGCCAGCACGGACAUCCCCGACGCGUUCCUCACGUCCGCGUUCGUCCACGGCCUACGCGCCGAGUUCCAGGACUGGGUGGCGCCGCAGCGUCCGGAGGCGCUGGACGAGGCCGUGGCGCUGGCACUGAGCUGGGAGCGCGCCGAGGGCUUGCGGGAGGCGCGGCGCGCGGCGAAGGCGUCGGUGGCCGGCAACGGUGGCGUCAGGUGCGGCUUCUGCGGCGCGGAAGGGCACGAGGAGCCGGGCUGCGAGGUGAGGAAGAGAAUGAUGGAGUUGUGGCUGAGGAGCAGUAGCGGUGGGAGGGGAAGCACCAUGCUGGGGACGAUGGGGGAGGAGGCCGAGGAGGGAGGCGGGAGCGCGAGGCUCGGGCGGCUCAGGAGCGCGGUGAGCGCGCGCUCGGCGCGGUGCCAGUGCCGCAAGCAUCAGUGCGGGAAAAAGGCCGCGCCGGCGAGCGAGGUCGCUGGAGGCGGCGAAGGGAAUGGCGCGGCCGCGGACAAGUGA